UUAUGAGAAAGAAAAGGAAAGGAAUUGAUAUUUAUUUUGUUAUUUAACUAUCUCUUGGAAAACAUAAAGAAUAUUUCUACCGAUCAAAGUGGAUCAAGUUCAGUUAAUUGUUUUUCAUAGUCCAUAGAGAGACAUACAACAUCUCAAAAUUCAUAAGAAAUUUUAGGCGGGCAAUUUGAACCUUUUAAGGGAUCUUAGCCAGCACAAACGAUCUUCGUGUCUCACUUCUUCUUGGUAGACAUAUUCAAUCUACGUUAUUCUUUCGUUUAUUAAAAGACGCUUGAGUUUUACGAAUUGUCGAGGAAUUGUAUUUGUUGUUUCUAGUGACUGAUAUGGAAGAAAGUGGGAGUAUGGAAAAUGGAACGACGAUGGCUUCGUCCAACCAAACCCAGUCACCAGGAGGCUUUGCUUCUCCUGUACAAUAUAUCAAAGGAAAAAGAGCUGGUGAAGAAGAAAAAGCUGUCAAUGUGCAAGUUGCUCUAAGAUGUAGACCACUCAAUAAAAAAGAACAGCUUGCUGGAGAAGAAUGCGUAAUAUCUUGUAAUGAAACAAAAAAGGAAGUAAAAGUAGUUGCUAAUGGUGAAAAGGCAGCUAACACCGUUAAGAAAUCACAGACAAAGUCUUUUCUUUUCGAUAAGGUUUUCGGAAUGGAAGCAACCCAAGAGGAGGUUUAUGAAUGUGUAUGCAAACCUAUUGUAGAAGAAGUAUUGAAUGGAUACAAUUGUACAGUCUUUGCUUAUGGACAGACAGGAACAGGAAAGACUCAUACUAUGGAAGGCCAGAGAGAUGAAAAGGAUGGUCUCACUUUUGAUAUAACAAACACAAAAGACUUGAAAAGGAAGUGCCCACCUUCUGCAGGUGUAAUUCCUAGAGCUAUUCGUCAUAUAUUUCAUUACUUACAGGAUAUUCAAGCAGAAUAUACUGUAAGAGUCUCUUAUCUUGAAUUGUAUAACGAACAACUGACAGAUUUAUUGGGUAUCGAUGGAAAUGAAGUAGACUUGAGGAUAUAUGAGGAUCCACAAAAAGGUACAUUUGUUGCUGGACUGGAAGAAGUUCCUGUUCGAUCCGAAGAAGAGAUAUUUUCUAUAUUAGAAAAGAGCGCAGUCAAAAGAAGAACUGCCGAAACACUGAUGAAUAAGUAUUCUUCGCGUUCGCAUAGUAUAUUCUCCAUUACUAUCCAUAUCAAAGAGUCUACACCAGAAGGCGAAGAUCUUCUCAAAGUUGGUAAACUGAACUUGGUUGACUUGGCUGGUUCUGAGAAUAUUGGUCGAAGUGGUGCUCAGAAUAUGAGAGCUCGAGAAGCUGGAAAUAUCAAUCAGAGUUUACUGACUUUAGGAAGAGUUAUCACUUCACUUGUAGAACAUCAUCCACAUAUUCCCUAUCGAGAUUCCAAACUUACAAGAUUAUUACAGGAGUCAUUAGGUGGAAGAAACAAAACAUGUAUCAUUGCAACAGUAUGUCCUGGAGUUUCUUCUUUGGAUGAGACUUUGAGUACUUUGGAUUAUGCAUGUCGAGCAAAGAAUAUUAAGAAUAGACCAACAGUCAAUCAAAUGAUGGCCAAACGAACUCUCAUUAAGGAAUAUACGGAUGAGAUUGCUCGAUUAAAGGCCGAAUUAGAAGCUACCCGUUCCAAGAAUGGAAUUUAUUUGCCUACGGAUAUGUAUGAAAAACUUAUGGCCAAACAGGCAUUACAAAGCGAUACUAUCGAUAAUUUAGAAGCAAAGAUGGCAAAAACAGAAGAAGAAAUGGAACAAUUGCGCAAGCUAUUUGAAGAUAACAAAAAAGAAUUGGAAGAAACCAAACAUACGUUGCAACGAACACAAGAUCGUUUGAAACAUACCAAACGUAAACUAGCGGAAACUAAAAGACAAUUGAAGAAAGUUACUAAGGAUAGAGAUGAGAAAGAAUAUCUGUUGAAAUGUCACAAGGAAACUGAAGUAAAGUUACAUGGUCAAGCAACAGAUCUCAAAGGCACAUUGGAGAAGAGUUUGGAGGAUGUUGAAAACUUGUUUGCCAAAAUUCAACGAAAACAAUCCAUUGAGGAUCAUAAUAUAGAAGCUGCUUCUCAGUUUGCUCAACAAUCUCAAACUACUGUCUCAUCUUUGCAGCAGAAUAUUCAAAGAUACUUACAAGAACGUGUUCAAAGGUAUGGUUGGAUAGAAAAACAAACUGAUGAAUUUUUACAACUUCAACGAGAGCAAAGUUCUAAAGUCAAGCUCCAAGUGGAAAAUUUGCUGUCUCAAGCCAACAAAGGUUUGCAAGAGUUGGUGAAAGAAUCCGAUGAAUAUACCAAACAAUAUACUGAGAGACAGAAUCACUAUGGAGUUGAUUAUCAAAAGAACAUCAAACAUAUGCAAAGUGUUUUUGAACAACUGGUCGAAACGUAUACGGAAGAUAAUAGAAAUAUUCAACAAAAUAUUAAUGAGAAUAUUGAAAGUAUUCAUUUGUUUGCACGGCAGUCACUUGAUCAUCUACAACAACAAGAGAAUUCGAUGCAAGUGUUUCUAAAUAGCCAAGUACAACAUUUUCAUGAUAUUGUCAAUUGUUUAUUUGCAGAAAAUGAAAAACAAAAAGAACGACUACGAGCAACAGAACAAGUCAUAGAAAGCAAUGCUCGAAAACAGAGUGAAUUCUUAGACGAGGCCAAAGAUGAAGCAUUCAAGGCCAUACAAGCUACAUUAGAUAAACUUGUAACCAGAAGCAAGUCAGCACAAGCUGAAGCUACCCAAGAAAACAAAAAUACUUUGUUGGACUGUUCGAAUGGAUUGGCAAUUAUGCAACAACAAUUAGAACGAAAUGUAUCACAAGCAGAACAAAACUUGGAAGAAUAUCGUCAAGAUGCUAUUCGUUCUAAAACCAAGAUGGCUGAGGAAACCAAUCAAUCACUCAAACAACAGAUAGACAGAGAGUCCGCUGCUCUUCAAAAGACAGAAUUAUCCACGAAACAUUUAGAACAAGGCAUGAAAGAAGCAGACCGAACAAGAACGGAAGGAUUGGAAUUGCAUAAGAAUUUCCUUGAAGAUUCUCAAAACAUAACUCGAGAUUAUGUGAAGAGAAGAGAUACAACUUCUGAGAUUACAACUCAAGAACUGUUGAAUUCGAAGAAUCUUACUGAGGAACAUAUUGAACAAGGCAUACAAAAUGACACGAGAACAGCGGCAAAAGUGAAGGAUGGUCUAUCUGAAGAACAAUCAGCUUUACAAGAUUUCAAUAAGAAACAAGUUGGAUUUGUUGAUAGUAUUGCCAGUUCGGUUGAUGAGUUGAUGACUUCCGGAUUACGUGUGGACGAACCAACAAGUAAUACUCCUCGCAAGAGACAGUGGAAUUAUCCUCAAGUCUUAGAACGUACCCAAUCAUAUGAGGAACUCUUGAGAAUAUUUUAUGCCAAUUAUAAGGAACCAAGUGAGAUAUCCGAUGAAAGUGAUGAUAAUGGUGUUGAUGAUCAGCAAGAAGUUCUUAAAGAUAGCCAUGUUGUUAAUGGAGUUUCCGAUAUAGAAUUGCCAACUUCAAAUGAUGAAGUUUCUUUGUCAUCUUCUCGAGGUAAGCUCAAUAUUCAAGAGAAGACAUCGGACACGCUUUCCGAUAGUUCGAAUAAAGAAAAUUGCUAUGCUGUCGAUCUUCGUCAGCGAGGCAGUCUCUUGAGACUUCCAAAAGUCUCCAUGCGACGAAAUCAUUAAAUGACUGCUUUGAAUCAUUACUGACUUGAUAUUUUUCUUUUCAGUAACUAUACCCGCUUAGAUACGAUAUUCUUUGUUGCCGCUCCAUUUUUCGGAUGCAAACGGUGAUGUGAUAUAUUAUAAUGCUAUAUAUAUAUAUAUAUAUCUAUUCACCAAGGAGUGAUUUUCAUCA